CGAGAAUUAAGCCACCAGACUCUAAGUUCUCGUAUUGAAAAUGGUGCUCGAACGCUUUCCUUACGAUGUCCUUCGUCACAUUUUCUCUUUUCUACAGCAACACGAUUUGGACAGUUUAGCGGCUCUCGCGCGUACUAGUCACUCAAUCCACGAACUUGCUAUUGACCUCCUUUGGGAAAAUCAACGAACGCUCUGGUCACUUGUUCUUCUGUUGCCAUCAUCUGUGAUCGAAAGAGCUUCACUUGUCAUUCGAAAGCUUCCGUCAUGGGUCACAUUUCAUACCCACGUCGCUUCCCACUGCUCGACGUGGGAUAGGAUGCUUUAUUACAGCUCUCGCAUUCGGCGGCUCUGCCUCAGUAGGACCCAUCGCAUGGCAUACUAUAAGCUGCUGGCAGAGAGUCCCUCGCCUCUUCUUCCAAAUCUCGCCCAUCUUGAAGUUCAUGCAGACACGGAAUCGGAUCUACUAUUGUGCCUUCAACUCCUAGUUGAAGGAUCUCAGGGCCUGCAAUCAUUAACGGUAAAUUGUUGUCCCAGGGGAAUUCCUGCAUCAGUUUUAGGUACUGCACUAGGCUGCCUCAUGGCAAAGUGCUCUACGCUGGAGCAAGUCCACAUCCUUUCCCCGCUCUAUAGUACUGGUGUCACCUCUGGACUGCACGCGCCGGUAUUCUCUAAUGGACAGAAUUAUACAUUCCUCAAGGUUGUGGACAUGCUGUCGGAACAUGAACCCUGGAAUACCCAUCAUCCAAAGCUGACGGUGUCUGCAGAAAUUGUCAGAGAACUUGGGAGGAUGCCUUGCCUUGAAGACGCAGGUUUCCAUUUGGUUUUGGGUCUUGACGAACCAUUCGAGACAAUUUCGCAGGGUUUUGUUUCGGAUAACCCGUAUUCUAGGAUGUUCGGCACCCUCAAGAAGCUUAGGCUGCGCGUGGCAACUGUGAAACAUACCACUGCGAUUUUGGAAAUGAUUGGCUCCCAUUCAAUAGAGGACCUUACACUUUAUUGUCUCCCAACCGGACCGACGAAGAUCGGCUGAAGUUCAUCAAUAUCAAAAACUUCAAGUUUAUAGCAGAAUAUUUUUUUUCAGACCCAUUCAAGUCCGUACCACUCAGCCAAGGGGCUCGAGUCUCUAUGAUAUCUCCUUUAUUCGCACUCCAUGCCUUGCGUAGCUUCAAGAUCGAUGUCAUGGAUACGGUGGCUGCAGAUCGUGCCAUUGGCGGACGGCUGCCGGCGCUUUGCAGAGAUGACCUGGAGACUAUUCCUGAGGCCUGGAAGGAUAUCGAGGAACUAGGGUUGCAGUGGUUGAGAAGUGGCACAGAGACAGACACGCGUAUUGACGACGACGGCAAAACAUGGGAAUCAGAGGGACCUACUCUGGCC